AACACGCUCUACCGCUAAUCAUCAAUUUUGUCAAAUCUAAAGCCUCAAUUAUCAUUCGACACUUUAUUCGGACCCUUGGAGAGGGUCCCCAACCUUUUUUUCCAAUUUUUAUUCUGGCUAUUUUUAUCCGCUUGGGAAUGCCUGGAAGGAAAAAUUUUGAAGCGAAAACCAAGCUAAAAGCUCAUAGUCAGAGAUAUCGAGGAUCACACAUGGAACAAAAAGAUCUACAAAGUGAUAAAAAAGGACGUUUCCCAAUGGUACUCGCUGAUCAAAAUUAAAGAUUUUGGAGUCAAUUUAUGAUAAUUGGAAGUGCUUCCCACAUUUUUCAUUGAUUUUUUUGUCAACUAGCAAAUAAAUAUUUUAAAUUCCC